GCCAGCAGCAUGAGAAACUUCUUUCUCAAUUUCUCGUAGUCAUAUCCGCCAAGACUGUCGUGGAAGAAACAUCUCUUCUCCUCGACGGGUAACCGAGAAAAACGGUAUCAAUCGCGCGACCACUAACCAACUAAUAGGUAAUAGGUUCGGGAAGCGUAACCACUAGUUAGUACAGUUGCUGGGACACACGGAUCCAGCGUGCAGUGAAGUGAACAGUGCAGAACAGAGGACACCGUGCGGUCGGUGGUGGACGCGCAAGGACAGUUACGUGUGCGGUGCAUAUUGAAUUUUGCUGGAAGCAGGACGACGUGACGUUUUGAGGUUUUAAUUGUUUUUAUUAGUGUGAUUCGUUUGGGAAAAAAAGUUGGUACGGAUUAGGCCCCUUACUUCGGACACGGAACGUGCCGCUUACGGGGACAGGGUGGAUAGAGCUGGCGGGUCAGUAAGUAGUGCAGUGCGCGAGUAUAACGAAAACAACUGUCAUAAAAGCAAAAGGUAAUUUGCUGCGAGGUGAAAUAAUGCCGAUCCAAGUGUGCCUGAUUUAAGCGGCGAGUGAUGAAAUGACACAAGGAUUAUGUGAAGCUGGGUGAUGAAAUUGUGCCUUUGAAGAUUGGGGGAAAUUGAUUGAAAUUUGGCAAUUGCGAGUGGUAGAAGAAGUAGAAGAAGAAGCAGGACCGACGAAAAAAGAAAAUUAAGUGCUUCGAGAAGAGAACUCCACCAGCGAAGGAGACGUACGGGUUUUUUUUUGUUUUGCGGUUUUGGACUUCAGCGUCGUAGACGUAGACGACAGCCGACGAGAGCUCAAGCAGAUCGCAACCAGCGAUGGAUCGUCGCCGCUUAUCGAUACACUCCGACUCAUCCCAGGAAGCGAUGGAUAUCAGCUCCUCGAACCGUACCGGAAGCAGUACCGAUGCAAAUAAUUCAUCUCUCCUCCUCAACAACAACAAUAACAACAACAUUCUACUGAAUAAGACCGCAACCACCAGUGCCGAUUCCGACAAUGUCGACUCGGACGAAGACCAACGCCGUUCAUCGGUUCACCUAUUCCACCAGGCACGCCAUAAUGCCCGCCGGGAAAAUCUCCACCAGCUGAUGGAUAACAUGCUGCGCCGGAAGUUCCACAGUUUGAACAAUAACAACUACAGCGGGAAACAUCCGAGCUCGAUGGUGGGGAGUACUACCCUUCUUCAGCAGCACCUAGCGGCGGCAGCCGUCGAUAACAAUAAUCACGAAUCGUCACGGAUCGGCGAAGGUGGGAACGAGACGGAUGGAAAAAAGUACGUCUGUCCGAUCUGUGAGACCGUUUCGUCGACGAAGCACGAUUUCACGGAGCACAUCCGGUCGCACAAUAAUAGCAAAUCGGCCAGCGGUGGUGAUAAUGGCGAGGGUGGUCAGUUUGUGUGUAAGAUUUGUUCGAAGGUUCUGUCGUCGGCAUCGUCCCUGGAUCGGCAUGUGCUGGUGCAUACCGGGGAGCGGCCGUUCAACUGUAAAUAUUGUAAUUUGACGUUUACCACGAAUGGGAAUAUGCAUCGGCAUAUGAGGACGCAUAAGCAGUCGGAGCGGGAAAGCUACGAGAGUGAUGGAUCGACGGAUAGUGGGGGAAGUAGCGGGGCGAGCAGUGGGAUGUCGAAUAAUAAUAACAAUAGCUACAAUAAUAAUUAUGAUGGCGAGGGGAAGAGGAAGAAUUUGGACGAGAAUGUGCAUUAUAAGAGGAAGAUUCGUACGAUUAAUAAUAACAUCUUGGAUGGGAGUGUGACGGAAGGGGUGCAGAAGUUCUGUUGUCCGGUUUGUGUCCGGAACGAUUUCUCCAGCAUGAUCAGUUUGGAGAGUCACAUGGAUCGGGAGCAUCCUCACAUUCCGGCAAAGUGCCGUCACUGCGAUAUGGUGUUUAAAAGUUACAAGGCUUUGAAUGCUCAUCGCUGUGGGAACAAUAAUUAUCAGAAUAUUACGCCGGGGUUUAAGGACUUGACUUUUGUGGAUUUUUCGAGCGAGAAGUUUCCGCUGAUAGCGAAAAGUGUUUGCGAGCAGAGCAUUCGGACACCGGUCACGAGUCAAAAAUUUGAAUGCAGCAAGUGCUACCGGGCGUUUCCAUGUUCGAAGACUCUGGAGAUGCACGUGAGAGAAUGUGGUGCCUCGGAUUACAGCUCCGGUGGGGCGGAAAAGCGUAAAUGGAAGACGAGUGAGGCUUCUUCGGAGGAUGACCUAAAGCGAGAUGAUUUCUUUGCCAAUUUGGACCUGCAGAACAAGUCGAUGUCGACUAACAUGUCGUCGAAUGUUUCGGAAGCUCCCACCACACCUUCUUCGUUGGACAAAUCAUUCUCCUCGCCGAUCAUGUCCCGGGAGAUCAAACAGGAGCCGAACUACUACCACCACAGUGGAGCUAAUUAUCCACCACAGCAGGAUAACAAAGAUCUCGCCGACAUUCAGUCGAUCAUUAACGUAACUUCAUCCGGUGGAUUCUUCCGUCAGCUGGAUAAGGACCCGUAUCCUCCGCUGAAAGACGAAGAGGAAGCCCAAGACGCUUUCACGGCUGAAUUCCGUAAAAUGAAACUUCGCGGAGAAUUUCCCUGUCGUCUCUGUACGGCGGUUUUCCCUAAUCUACGAGCUUUGAAGGGACACAAUCGGAUUCACGUAUCGGCUGCCGGUCCGGGACCGUACCGCUGUAACAUGUGUCCGUACAUCAUCAACGACAAGGCGACUCUCAUCCGGCACAUGCGAUCUCACAACGGUGAUCGGCCGUACGAGUGCGCUCUAUGCAAUUACGCGUUUACCACCAAAGCAAACUGUGAACGUCAUCUGAGGAACCGUCACGGACGCACGACCCGGGACGAGGUCAAACGUGCUAUCAUCUAUCAUCCCUCGGAGGAUUCAUCCUGUGAGGAUCCGCUCAAGAAGAUGCAAAUGUUCAACACCCCACCCGGGGACUUUGAUCGGGACGUUGAUGAUCACCCGUCCGACCGGAGCACUCCGGUGUCCCACCUGAAGGAAAUGCUGAUGCCAAUACCGAUGAGCCUAGUCACUAAGAUCGACAACACGCCGAUGCCCCUAACCCCGGCCAAAAUCCAAGUCAAAAGUCUGGAAAAGCUUAAUCAGUUGACUCCUCCGCAGGAGCAAGACUACGAGAAGGAAACUCCGGAGACGCCUGUCUCCCAACCGGACACAACCCGCCCGAUGGAUCUCAGCAUGGACGUUCUGGAUUUGAGUAAGAAACCGGAACCGAUCAUCAGACGGGAGAAUGAUGCGGACUCGGAUCACCCUCGUUCCGAUGCAGAAGAUGACGAUGAAGAUCGCGGCGAUGAUGAUGGAGAAGAUGACGAGGAAGAGGAACAACAAGCCGCUAAAAUUCCCAAGCUGGAUCUGUCGCUGCUGGAGAAGAACCAACACCAGCUCCAGCUGAUGCAACAGAAGCUCUUCAGCGAAGCUUUGUCCAAAAUGGAUCCGGCCCACUACUUCCAGCUUAGCCAACUGUACAGCCGUUUCAGCUUUCCAGCAGCAGCUGCCUUCCCACUGCACCCAUUGUUCCUACAGAACCCCCUCCUGUGCGCCCCAGGCGCCCUCGGUGACCUGAAAAACUUCUUCCCCAAGGAAUUCCCCCUGUUGCCACAAAUGUCCGGCGGUAGUCUGAUCGGAAACCCGUUCCACUCACCAUCCGAGUCACCGAAAAGCUGCUCGGAAUCCUCCACCGGACCGCAACCAACUCCAUUCAGCACCAACCCCGUCACACCUUCAUCCACCAAACAACAACCGCAACAGCAGCAGCAACACCCCGCUCAGCAAUCGCCACAAAGUUUGCCAAAUUCGUUACAACAACAAAAGCAUCAUCAACACCACCACCAACAGCAGCAGCAACAUCAACAACAGCAAGUUCCGCCACCUCCACCACCCCCACCAACUCUCUCCUCGAUGUCCUCGAUCCCAAUGGGAAACGGUCCCGUCAAAAUGGUGAUCAAAAAUGGAGUCCUAAUGCCGAAGCAGAAGCAACGCCGCUACCGUACCGAGCGGCCCUUCGCUUGCGAGCACUGUUCAGCCCGAUUCACACUACGUUCGAACAUGGAACGACACAUCAAACAGCAGCAUCCACAGUUUUGGUCCCAGCGGCAACGCGGUGGCCACCACAUGAUGCGAGGACGUGGACAUUCAUCAGCCGCCGCCGCGGCAGCUGCGGUUACCGGUUCGAACGCCGGAUCCAAUUUGCAUCACCAUCAUCACUCGAUGGCGGCUGCAGCCGCCUUCGGAGGGAUCUCCGAUCAGGUCAAGUAUGCGAUUCUGGCACAACAAUCGGGGAAAGCGGCGGCCGGGCAUCAUCGUGGAAAUGGGGGUGAAAUCGGUGGAACGAGUGGAAUGAGUAGUAUGCUUCAGAAUAUCAUUGCUCAAGGGCAGAAUCCUUUCGGGACGGGUGCGGUGCCGGCACAGGUUCCGGCGUCGAUGCUUCACCAUGGUCAAUCGAGGCUUGAACAUCAUCAGUCGGCGGGAAGAGGCGGCAGCAAUGAUCACGGAGGGGAUGACGAAGAGGAAGAGGAGGAUGAACAGGAGCUGGUGAUUGACGAGGAGUUUGCUCCGGAGGAUUUGAGUAAGGGCGGGAAUGAGUCGGAUCAUGAGCUGCUGCCGCAGCCGGUGGUUGCCAGGAACGAGAGUCCCGUGUUUCAGCAUAAAAUUUUGAAGCAAAAGUUGGAGGAGAGUAAAGAACAGCGACAGCAAGCGGCGAAGGCGGUGGCUGAGGGGAUCCUGGAACAGGCGAUCCGUCAGCGGAAAGAGGUGGACUUGGAGAAGGAGUUAGCGAAAAGUGCGGAUGAAAGCGACCUGGUUUCGGUCUCGAAGCUGGUCGACAACGCUACUAAUGUGGCCUUCGAGAACUACUUUAGCAGACCUGAUGUGCCGUUGUCGCAGGAUCAAAGUGACGAGGAAGGACUGGUGGCUUCGGGAUCGGCUUCCGAGAGCAACAACUCCGGAACGGACGACCCGAACCCGUCGACACUGUUGCAGAAGAAAAAAUCCGCCUACAGUUUGGCCCCGAACCGGGUCAGCUGUCCCUAUUGCCAGCGAAUGUUCCCCUGGUCCAGCAGCUUGCGGCGUCAUAUCCUAACCCACACCGGCCAGAAACCGUUCAAAUGUUCUCAAUGUACUCUACUGUUUACCACCAAAUCCAACUGUGACCGUCAUCUGUUGAGAAAGCACGGGGACGUCGAAUCGGCCAUGUCCAUCCCCGUUCCGAUCGAUGAUCUGUUGGAUCCUAAACCGGAACCGAUUCCGGUAGCCGUUGCCGUAGCCAUUGCCAAAUCGAAAGGUACUCCUCCGUCAUCCCGACCUGCCAGCCCUAAACCACAACCAGCUCAAACCGUGGAAAAGGAUCAUCAUUCAGCGCCGGCUAAGCCGGCGGAAGACGAACCAACACUCGAACCGAUACCAUCCCCGGAACUACCUACCAUCAAAGAAGAACCAACCACUGACGAUAACUCCUCGAUUCCCACGAUCAACUCGGAUCUUCCCUUCAAGUGUCACCUGUGCGACUGCUCCUUCUCCGAUCGUGUCUCCUGCCUGGAUCACAUCAAACAGUCCCACGUCCACGAAUUCGCCCUGCUCAUGAACAAGGUAACGCUGGAGGCGGAAAGUGAAGCCCCAUCCGGUUCGCCGGAUGACGACGAAAGCGGUAACAAUGGCGAAGGCGGUCGGGGUGGAAAAUAUCCCGACUACGCCAAUCGGAAGGUAAUCUGCGCCUUCUGUCUGCGUCGCUUCUGGUCGACGGAAGAUCUGAGGCGUCACAUGCGCACCCAUUCCGGCGAUCGGCCCUUUCAGUGUGACGUGUGCCGCCGUCGGUUCACCCUGAAGCACAGUAUGCUGCGGCAUCAGCGCAAACACAAGUGUUCCCGGUUGAAUGGGACCGUCGUUUCGGCAGCGGUCGCCGCCGCUAAGAACGGUGCUGCUUUAUCGGAUGUUAGCGAUGACGAGCAGGAGAUGAUACCGACGCCACCUCCAGCAUCAGUUGCAGGUCAACAGGUCAUCACACGUUCAUCGAAGGGCCUACUUGGCGGCAGUGGUAAUUCGGCCGAUUUGAUUGGGAACCUACUCGGCAUUAGCGAUCAGGGUAUCCUGAAUCGGAUGCUGCUCGGAUCGGCCUCGGAUGCGGCACGGCUGCUCGGCGUGGAGAAAUAGAUUCGGUUUAGGGCUUAACGGAACCGAAAGCAGAUUCUAGUCAUACCUUUGUUUUAUUUUAUUUCCGGUUUUUAUCGUAGAGUUCGGCUUGUAUUUUACUACAGAUUUAAGAGACAGAAACACAAACACAACGAUUUUUCGCGCAUGAUUUCCAUUAACGAAACAUUUGAUCUACUCUGAACUGUAAAUAGAUUUCCCGUGAUUUUUUAGUAGUCUGUAAUUGAACCGUUUGAUGGUCACCCGAUUCGAGUGGAGAAAAAAAAAUUGCAUGCAAUAGACUUGCAUCCAACUGAUUCCCGAACGAUGACAGCUGACCUCUCGAAUAUAUAUAGGUAGUAGGCAUGGGAUUUUCUCUCGCCAAAAGCUGCAAAACAAAACGAACGCAAUUUUAAACGUCGUUUAGAUUUAUAAACAAACAAACCGAAAAUCAAAAGUACCGUAGCCUAGCAACCCGGGGUUGUAAUUUAUUGAAGGGUUGGAUUAAAGCGGAUAGAUUUUAAGAUAGAAGAAAAAAAACUGUAACAUACUAGAGCAAAGCGAGGCCUUUUUAAUCGAAGACGAAACCGAAGUGGCUUAAACCGAGUAGCUGUUUUUGACUGGGUGUGUGUGACAAUUUGUACUUUAACACACACACGUAAAUAAAUGGUACCGGGUACAUAAAAUCAAAAUUUUCCCAUGUUUAAAAAUUACUAAAUUUUUUGUUUAUCAUCAACUUUGUUUAUGUUUAUUAUUGUUUUCUUCUUCGUUUACCGGUUGUACCUCGAGAGACACGACCCUAAACUUAGGCCAAUAUUUAAAAGACUGUUGAUUUCCGUUUCUUAUUAAGUGUACUUCUAAUCGAAUUACUGUAUACAUUAUAUUUGUAAGCGGGCAAACCUGAUCGAAUUGAUUUGCUUUUCUACGCGUAGAAUUAAAAACAAACAAAAACCAAACAACGCUUUUACAAACUGCUCAUUUUAAUACUUACACAUACACAGACAUAUAAUUAUUAGUGGCUGAUUUUACUCUAAGCUAAGAUGUAGCAAACAAAUCAACACAAAGUACGAGCGCGUGAGCCUUAGAAUUGUCUUAGAAAAGCCCGAGUUUUAGUAGUGUUUUUAGCACUCGUAAUAAACUGAAAAUGUAAAGUAAAAAAAUAAUGUGCCUCAUGUGAAUGAAACAGAAAGAUUUAUAAAAAAAAAAACAAAUUAUAUUAUAGUCGGUAAGUCCGCAAAAUCGCGACCCGGCUAAAAGCCGGGUCAGGCGAUUCGUCAAACUACUACAUAUUUCUGCUAAGCGUUAAGGGAAAAAAACUGAUCCUCACUCCUCCCCACCUUUCUUUGCCUCUUAAAACAAAGCGCCAUCAUCCAAAUUAGUGAUGUUAAAUUUUACCUCCUUUUCUCUCUAUCUAGUUUGCUCUUUUCCUAUCAUAAGUAGAAUUUAUAUGUAGAAUAUUUAUUUAUAGUAAAAAAACAAACAAAUCAAGCACCAUCAAGUUAGGGUUAGAGUUUUUAGUUUUGUUUUACGUUUCGUUUUUUUUUUUUAUUAAAGCACCCUUUUUUAAGAUUUUAUCAACUGGGAGACUAGCGGAGAAAGAAAUACAGCAGAUAACCAAAGUGUUAAACAAAAUUAAAGCCUGCCUCCCUAAUCCAUCCAUCAUCGUCCAAUGAUAGUUGGAAGUGGAAAGGGGGCAUGCAGCGACCCUCAUUUUUUUUAGCUUCGUGACUCGAGUUAAAAAACGUCGAUGAUCGAACAAAAAAAAAAUUAAACCGGCAUAAAACGAGUGCAAUGUGUAACGUUUAACGAAAUAGAUGAAAAAAAAAAUCAAGCGAAAAAAGCAGCUUUGCUCCCAAAGAGAUAUAGCGAAAUAGAAAAUCAUUCAUUGUUAUGUAACAUAUAUAUUUAAAAAAAAAUUAAAUCCCUCGGUCAGUCGGUCAGUAGUAGGACACUUAAAUUUAAACUUCAAGUGCCAUCUGAUUAAGUGGAUGAGUGUGGAAGUAAUAAGUAAUAGAGAAACAAAAGUCAUGGUGUUGCUCAGUUAAUAAAUCAAAAUAUCAAGUCUAGCCCCCCCCCCCCCCCGCCUCUCCCCAAAAGUAGAAAAAAAUAACUGAAAUGACAACAACGUAAAUGAGAAUGACAUUAGUAACCGUGUAAUAUUUUUAGCCAUAAGUUAGUGCAGCACGUUUGAAACUCAACCUAUUUCGUACACACAAACAAACACACCGACCUAUGUAGAGUAGCGAGAGAGAGAAAAAACUCUUGAACUCUCCACACAUACUGAAAAAACACGCAUCCUUUCGUGGGUCGAAUUUGUAGACCGACACAGUUUCCCGUAGUACGGCUUUUGUGUAUUAUAGUAGAUCGUAUAUUUUUUCGGAAGGUAAACCAAACAUCUACAUUCGACGAUGAUAGUCGUCGUCGUCGUCGUGUCGGAUAAGGUCACGCAGACGUCGAAGAAGAAGAAGCAAGAAAAAAUAUGGAAAAUAACAUAAAUUAUUGCUAUUAUUACUCUAUUGAUAAUAUUAUUAUUGCUAAUUUUAUUUCACACAAAAAACAAAACCCCUACGACAAAAUGGAAAGAAAGAGACAAAACUUAAGAAACCUUAAAAGCAUAGUUACUUAUAUAUUAUAUAUAUGAAUAAACGAGAUCAAUG